GUCAGUAUUUUUUGGGGAAGAUCAAUCAUCUCCGCCAGUCUGCCCCAAGCAGGCAAUCAGGAUAGCCAUCCAGCGAAGGCAAAACAACUAUAGUUUUACCCGAGCAAAGCCUAGUGUUAAUCAGUAAAGAAGUUUUCAAAAAUCGAAAUAAUGUCUUCACUGGGAUCCUCCGUGUGUGGAUAUGUGCUGCUGUUGGUGGUGCAGAUAGUGCUCAUCAUAGUGUUUGGAUUUUUCACAAAUUACUCAGAGGAAAUCUUACCGAAAAAUGGAAACGCAACGGAAGGACUCGAGGAUAAGAAGCCUUUAGCAAAGUACCCACACUUCCAAGACAUCCACGUGAUGAUCUUCAUCGGUUUCGGCUUUCUGAUGACGUUCCUCAAGCGGUACGGCUUCAGUGCCACUGGUCUGAAUCUGCUGGUCGCAUCCCUCGCAAUCCAAUGGGCCAUCGUCAUGCGCGGCUGCUACGUCAUGGAAGGCGGAAAAAUUCCUCUGUCGUUGGACAGCCUCAUUGGUGCGGAUAUUGCCGCUGCCGCCGUGCUGAUCAGCAUGGGAGCUCUACUGGGUCGGACAACGCCGAUGCAGCUGCUGGUAAUGACCAUUUGUGAAAUUGCUGUUUUCGCAGCGAACGAGUACCUGCAGGUUGAUCUGAUGAGGAUCGCCGAUGUCGGAGGAUCGAUCACGGUGCAUGCCUUCGGAGCUUACUUCGGACUUGCAGUGAGCUUCGCUUUGCGGCCAAGCAAAGAAGACGCCAAAACUGGACCCAUGGAGGGUUCGUCGUACGGUUCGGAUAUCACUGCCAUGAUUGGGACGAUUUUCCUGUGGAUCUUUUGGCCGAGUUUCAAUUCGGCACUGGUUGAUGGAGCCGAUCAGGAACGUGCUAUCAUCAAUACCUAUCUAUCGCUGGCGGGUGCAACUGUCAUUACUUUUGUAAUGUCGAUUAUGGUGAGCCACGAGAAGAAGUUCGAUAUGGUCCACGUGCAAAACUCAACCUUGGCGGGAGGCGUUGCCGUGGGAUCGGUUUGUAAUUUACUGAUACAUCCAUUCGGUGCUGUGCUGGUAGGAGUAAUUGCCGGAGUGAUCUCCGUUCUUGGAUAUCGGUUCCUCACGCCAGCAAUGCUGUCGAAGCUACGCAUUUCUGACACAUGUGGUGUGAAUAAUUUGCACGGCAUGCCAGCUCUACUAUCGGCCGUUUUCUCUGCCAUCUAUGCAUCUGUAGCAACAACCGAAGUUUACGGAAAUUCAUUGACCACCAUAUUUCCAGCAAUGAAACAAAACUCCUCGCUGACGGAGGAGGAUUUGCACGGAAUGGUUAUUGGAGGUUACGGACGAAGUGCUGCUAUGCAAGGAGCUUACCAAUUGUCGGCCAUCUCACUCACAGUUCUUAUCGCCAUUGUCGGAGGUCUCUCUACAGGUUUAGUGCUGCGGUCACCGAUGAUGCGUCAACUGGAGAAGGAAGAGCAUCACAUAGAUGAUGUCUGCUGGGAAACUCCCGCUGAAUCGGACACUGAAGAACCAUCCACUAACUUAUGCCAGUAACGGUGUGCAACGGUAGGGCUCGUGGUUCUGGCUAAAGUCUACGCUCCAUACAAAUUACGAAAGUUUUGUAUGGGCAAAAUCCUAUGUACGAGGAGGAAGGGUGCUUUGAGUUGGCCAAAAAUGAGUAUACGAAGUUUAUGACAGCACCCUAUGAGUUUUAUCAUAAGCAAAUCUAUUUUAGAUCUUAUUUGUUUAAAUUGUACAGUUGUUUAGAAACGUCAAAUAAAGAAUCAAGAUCAUCAGCAUAUGUAAAACAAUAGAUAAAAAGGUACAUUCAUGUUAACCUUAU